GUCGGCUCAAUCAAUUAAGCUAAAUCUUUGUUUGUUUACCAUGUGAUUAUAUAACGACAAAUAUUUGUAUGCGGGGAAACCGAUUGGAAACGAGCGAAACUUUAAACUUUUGCAUUUACGAAUAGUGUUACUAUUAUUAUUAUUAUUAUUAUGACAGAGAGCUUGCGAAUCCAUGGAAAGAGCGGCGAGUUCUCUGACGAAGAACUUCUGGUGGAAGAUGAUUAUGAUUGCUACGGCAAAACACCUCCACGAACCAGAUUGCUGAGAAAGAGCAAGGAGAAAAAGAACAGGGACAAGGAGAAUUGGAGCUCACAAAAAAUGGCACCAACUAAGAAACUAGUCAGUAGAAGUGCAACGGUAACAAACAUGUUUGAAAAGCUUAUAACCAAUGCAGACAAUAGCACAGAUUCAGAGCAAGGGAAACGUUCGGAUAAGCGCAGUAUCAAAUUGCUGAGAGGCUCUGAGAGAGAUCUGAAAUUGGACAUAUCCAGUGCUCAGAUGGCAGCAAAUGAGAAUUCAUUGUGCACAGAGGUGCCCACCACACCACAGAGCAGGCAAAUUGAGGGCUGCAAUCGAUUCAAAUGUCUGAGAUCCAAGCAGGUGGCUGCGGAGAGGAGACAGCCGAGGAGGGCGAUCUCCAUCAACGCGGUGCUGUCGGGGACAGGACCGAUCACGGAGUGUCCGCAAAGCAGGAUCGAAUUCUAUGAGACUUUCAGCAUGCUCAUUAAGAUGGGGUGCAUCGAGAAAUCGGCACCGGAUGCGAGGAAUGCGAGGAGACACCAGGUGAGCAGGGAAGAGCUGUGGCAGAACGAGCUGAAGGAUCUGAUCUGGUUGGAGCUGCAGGCAUGGCACGCGGACAGAACAGUGUCCGAGGAGGACGCGUUCCUGUGCAAGUCACGCGAAUCCGUCGGUGCUUUGCUCAACAACAUAAUGACGUACAAGUUCCAGAGGAGGAAGAAUCUGACCGCGCAGAGCAAGGACAGCGGCAUCGUCGAGGACUGUCUCGGUUGUCUGUCUAUGUACUGUCAGAGCUGCAUGGAGGCGCAGAACGAAGCGCUCAAAGAUAUCGAGGAUCUGAUGAACUGUUUGGAGACGGCUGAGUCUCUCUUCCCAUCGAGCAGCGCCUUCGCCGAUUGGUAUCCUCUGUACAAUAGCCCCGAGUUCGUGGGUCGCGUGAAGGCCAUGUGCCUAUGGUAUAAUAUGACAAAGCAUCAACGUCUGAAGCUGGUCAUCCUUGGAAGAUUGCUGGCUUUGCUGGAGAACAAGGAUUACCAGUGGCCCAUGUACGACGAGAACACCGUGAAUUCGGUGAGCCCAUCGGACAGCAACAGCUCGAACUCGUCCUCGAUAACGUACGACCUCAUAGACAAAUCACCCAUAGACAUGUAUAACACGAAUCCCAUCGUCACACUGGUCAACAAGAAGAGCGAUAACAACGCCAGUCCUUACAGAAAGUACAUAGAGAAUAUCCUGAAGACCCGAGGAUUGAGCAAGAGCAUGAGCUUCCUGGAUAGACUUCAUAACCACAUUUUGCGGAAGGCGCAGAUCACGUUGCAGAAACCGAACGACGAGAGCAUCUAUACGCAGACGCCCGGCGAUAAUCAGGACGAGGAGCUGCUCAGGUACGGAUGCUGCAGCCCCGAAGCGAAAUCUCUGAAUCUGCCGUCUUACAAGGCAUCCUUCCUCUUUCUCUCCGGCGUUCCUCUUGAAGUUGUUCACGAAUUUCUGCGGAUGAGGUUGCAGCAAAAACCCGAACGACCGUCGCCGCUCAGCGUGCGGCAGCUGAUGCGCGAACUCAAGGAGGGCAUCAAGAUAGCGACAUCGCAAAGGGAGAGCAUACAGCUAUACAUCGAAACCGCUCUCGACGAAGACAACGACAUGAGAGCCACCUGCAUGAAGAAUAUCGAAAUGUUCGACGAGAGUCUGCUCAAAGUGUUUGAGGAUUAUUUAGAGUACAUGGGCACUUGGGCGUUGUUGCAACACGAUAGUUUUCAGAAGAAUCUGCUGGAAGAGGAAUGGAAAUUCAUCUGCACGUAUCUGCGGAACAAUCAGAAGGCGUGGGAGAUGGCUGUGCAGAAACUGUGCUCGAUUUUAGCAUCGAUGCUCACGAGCAUAGCUGAAAGACUCGCAACCACCAUCGAGAAUCUGGCGGUGGUCAUUUCGGACAAGGAGAACGAACAGAACAGAAAGCAGAGUUUGUUUGCUGUUUGCCGAGAGCUUCAGUCGCUCUUCAACGAUGAACGCGAGAUGAGCAUCAAGAUCAUACUGUUCGCGAAGAUGAUCAUACGCAGUGAGAUCCCGCUCAUCAAUGUAGAUGAAUUCAGGAAAUCAGUGGUUGCAUUGAAAUGCACCAUACCGGACGCAAUCGAAAGAGUCCAGGCUAUCUGCGACAUUGCCACGCUGGAGAACUUGGAUGAGGCGGAAAAGGUAUCAUUAACGUCGCGCUGUCGGGAGAUUUUAAUGCAGGGAUAUCGCUUCGGUUUCGAGUUUCACAAGGAAAUGUCAGAGUUUGUUCCGGCGGAGAAGAAACUCGCUCUCAGCAUGGUGCAGUUCGCGCAGCUCUGGAUGAAGUUCACUUGCGAGCGAUGCGAACGUGGUAGAGGGAAGAGGCCUCGCUGGGCGUACCAGGGUCUCGAUUUUCUUCUGACCGUGUGUCAGCCCCAGUACACGGCCUUCCUCAGCGAGAACGAUUUCGAGGAGCUGAAGAAGAACAUGGAUAAAUGCAUAUCGCACGUGAUCGGCACGACUGCGCCGACGACGCCCGACUCUGGCUUCAGUUCGGUGUCGCCGCGGCCUUCCUCGCAGUUCGAUGGACGAUUCCCAAGGAGCAGAGGUUCCUCGCCCAGUCCGAGGCCAACGUACAGAAGUCAGAGGAGCGCGAGCAGAAAGACUAGCGUCGAACAAAACUCGCCGUUGAGCGAAAACCUCGAUCACGUCAACUUUAUCCCACCAUUCGUCAGCAAGAAAGAGGAAAUACUGCACGAGACUUUGACGAAGAUUAAGCAUUCGCCGGCGCUCAGAUCAGAACGGAUAAAGGAAGCGGUAGAUCAACUGAACGCAGUCACCGAUAAGAAGCUGAGGGAGCAAAAUUUGAUCGGAACAGUGAUAUCGAAGGAGCCGAUGUUGGACCUGAAGCAUAUCCGCCGGAAGAACGUCACCUUCUGCUGGCAGAGGGGCAUCAAAAUCGGACAAGGUCGCUUCGGCAAAGUCUACACUGCUGUUAACAACGAUACAGGCGAGAUGAUGGCCGUCAAGGAGGUAUCCUUGCAGCACAACGACGCCAUGUCCGUCCGCACGGUUACCGAGGAGAUCAAGGUGAUGGAGGGCAUCUCGCACAUGAACUUGGUCAAAUACUACGGACUGGAAGUUCACAAGGAGGAGAUGUUGAUCUUCAUGGAGUUUUGUCCGGAAGGCACGCUGGAAAGUCUGGUGGCCGGCACCGAAGGCGGUCUACCGGAACUGCUGAUUCGCAGAUACACCUUCCAGCUUCUGAGCGGAUUGUCUGUGCUGCACGAACACGGAAUCGCUCAUCGCGACAUCAAAACGGCGAACAUCUUCCUCUCGGAGGAAGGCAACUGCUUGAAGAUCGGAGAUUUCGGGUGCGCCGUCAAGAUCAAAUCACACGUGACGAUGCCUGGCGAGUUGCAAGGAUUCGUCGGAACGCAAGCUUAUAUGGCCCCGGAGAUGUUCAUGAAAACGUCUAUCGACGGCCACGGUCGCGUCGCGGACGUCUGGUCUGUAGGAUGCGUCGUCGUGGAAAUGUCUUCCGGAGAGCGACCUUGGGCGGAAUUCGAUAACAACUAUCAGAUAAUGUUCAAGGUGGGAUUGGGUGGGAAACCGGAGGCGGCUGACACACUCAUCGACGAAGGGCACGACUUCCUUGAGCUCUGCCUUCGGCACGAUCCUCUCAAACGAGCCACAGUACGCGAAUUGCUCAGCCAUAAUUUCGUAAAAGUAUGCGAUGAUCUUUGAUUCCCUCAGUCAUCAUGAUCAUUUUCGUACAUAUCUUAGCGCGAUCAAUUGAAAUCGACUCAUCUCGAUCAUUUUAAUUUUAUACAUAAUUAACGUUUCAGUUGUGUUACGUUACUUUCUUAUCGACUACAAAUUAUAUUUUAUACGAAAACCAGACAGACCGAUGCACGCAUAACAUUUAGGCAACUAUUUUAAUUGUAAUUAAGACUGAACUGAACUCGAGUUCUCUGUUUGUUUGUUUUGUACAUACAUAUAUAUAUAUGUAGAAAUUGUGAUACUGAUUUUAAAUUUUAUGUUAUUAAUUUUGUUUUGGAAGCGGUGCAGGAUGCUGAGUAAAUAGAGAGAGAGAGAUAGUAGUUCGCGAAGUCCAUAAAUAAUAUAUUUGUUUUUGUUUUUUAUAUAUAAAAAAGCGACCACUAUGAAAUUUUAUUCUUGUUGAUAGUCUUUCCACUUUGAAAGAAGAAAGGAAGGAGGGACGAUUUUAAUAAAUGUAAACAGCCGAGCAGAUCGGAAUGUUUAGUUGACACCUAA